AUGUCCAAAAUCGCAUCAACGCCAAGCCAGAAACCAGAGAUCAGUGUGCCGCUAUUGCGUGCAGAGAUCGAUCCAGAAUAUGAAGACGAUGAAGAGAAGUGCAAAAGUGCCGCUGAUCAAGGUGAUAUCACGUCCUGCACAGGGAGCGUGACAGAGCACAGUGCAAGGUCAGUGGAGGUGAUGUCACGUCCUGCCCAGGGAGCGCGACAGAGCACAGAAAUGCCUGGUGAUGCCACGUUCAGAAGGCGCAAAGUUGAGGCCAGCUUGCAGAGGGCUUUGAAGGAGGAUGCCCGGGCCCGAGAGGAGCGUCUGGAGGCCCAUGAGGCGCGCUUGAAACGCAUCAUGGUGGAGCGAUGGCACAAGCGCCAGGAGGAGGCGCCAAGCUGUGCCCAGCUGUGCCCUGCUGUGCAGGGCGAAAAGAUAGGGGAUCCCCAAUUCCAAUGGAUGAGAACAUAUGAUAAUUGCUGGUUGGUGGUGACUAAUUUUUUUUAA